AGUUUGUGGCUAUAGGAGGGUAGGUGGAAAUGGGAAGUACAAUGCCCGCUCUUUAUGGGAGGGGUUUGGGAUAUUUGGCGAUUUGGAGGGACAUCUAAGCUGUCGUAUCUGAGCGCGUCUGCAAAGACGAUUAACUAAUCCUUAUAAGUGUGAUACACCCAGUACAGGUGGAAAUAUUCGUCAUGUUUCCUUACACCUGCCGUCUUUUUCAUCUAGCUGUAAAUAUGUACCUGGGUGUUAACCAAUUGACGUGGGUCGCAUUCUGUGGAGAAAAGUUGCCUAACACUGUGCAUAGUCCCUAAAGUGUAGUCUAUCACACACUUAUCUAUACAUACUUCAACUAUGCCCCCUUCCCCUCCAGAUCUCUGGUAACUCUACCUUAUCUGUUGACUUAUUUCAUACCUAGUAGUUUAGACAUUGCUUCUGCACCCUCUCACAGAAUUCAUGGUGACACGUUGUCACGUUUCAUUGCUUUGAUGUAUCCAAAGUCAUCAAAAGUUUCUUUAUCUCUUCCUCUCUUUUAUGGAUGGCGUCUAGUACUUGUAACUGUCCCCUGUUCCUUAGUCUCUCCAGUGCUGUGCCACCUUCCAUUGAGAAGACCUCUUCAAAUCAUUUUAUUAACACUUCACAAAGUUUUUUUCAUUGUUCAUUAGUUCUCCUUCCUUCCUCAGUCGUAUCACCUGGUCCUUUACUGUCACCUUUCUUCUGAUGCGGCUGUGAAAUAGUGUUGGUUCAGACUUAGCUCUUCUAUGUCAUUCUCAGAUUUUCUCUCAGGCUGUCUCUUCACAUUAGCGCGUGUGUGUGCACUCACCAGUAUGUGGUUGCAGAAGUUGAGUCACAGUCUCUGGUCCUGCCUCUUUGCUGAUUGCUAUUAGGUUCACUCUCUUUGCUCCUAGAGCCUUAUUAUACCUCUUCUUAAAGAUAUGUAUGGAUCCUACCUCUACUACUUCACUCUCCAGAUUGUUCCACUUCCUGACAACCCUAAGGUUGAAGAAAUUCUUCCUAACAUCCCUAUGAAUCAUCUAUGUUUUCAACUUCCACCUGUGUCCUCGUGUUCCUAUUUCUUAUGUCCCAAACAAUCUGCCCCAUCCACCCUGGCAAUUCCUUUCAGUAUGUGCGUGUGUGUGUACUCGCUUAACUGUGAUUGCAGGGGUCGAGACUCAGCUCCUCGCCCUGUUUCUUCACUGGUCGUGCUACUAGGUCCUCUCUCUCCCUGCUCCAUGAGCUUUAUCAUACCUCACCUUGAAACUAUGUAUGGUUCCUGCCUCCACUAUAUCACUUGCCAGACUAUUCCACUUCCUGACAACUCUAUGACUGAAGAAAUACUUCCUAACAUUCCUUUGACAAGUACAGUUAGAAAUAGAAAUACAAAUAGCUAGAGCUUCACUUUAAGGAGGUUAUUAAUAGAGUAUUCAAGAGCUUGCUAGUAGAAUUACAGUAAUUCAACCAUUCAAAUCAUUAUGAAGCCCUGUGUAGUCUGCAAUCAAUCAAACAAACUGGCUUCCACAUGGAUAAAUUGUCAUUUUUGUGGAAAUUGGUGUCAUGCCCCUUGUGCAAAUAUCCAAGAACUAGCUACAAGAAGUAUUAAAACAGGGAAGUGUUUUUGGGUAUGUCCAAAUGAGAUAAAUCUGUGGACUAAUAUCACAUUGGUAUUAAAAGAGGAUAACAUCAAAGCUGCUUUCAUAGACAACCUGGAAGCAUUCUACAACAGAUAGGAACAUAAAAAGUCUGGGCUGGAUGGUAUCGCCCUUGAUACUGGCCAUGUAGUCAGAAACUGUAAGGCUGGAGGUGCUGCACUGGUAGUCAGUAAAUGUGGGGCUGAUAGUGCUGUCCUGGUAGACAGUAAUGGUGAAGCUAGAGGUGCUGUCCUGGGAGACAGUAAUGGUGAAGCUGGAGAUUUUGUCCAGGUAGUCGGGAAUUGUACGCAGGAUGGAAUGCAUAUAAUUGACCUCAUGGGAGACAGGAGCCGUAGUGAGGAAUCAAGUGAAGUCAAAGAUAAGAUAAAACCAAUAUUGCAAACUAGAAAUACCACAGGAAAUAGCAAACAAGAGGACUCCACUAGCAAUAGUGAGGAUAUAUUACCAAAAACAACUGGUGGGAGCUCCUUUGUUGGUGCUAGGGAGGAUAGGAAUAAGACAGGCAAACAUGCACCAACAGGGAAUAGUCACAGAAACCCAAGGCAAACGGAAACCAAGCCUGUGCACAUACUAUGCACUUGGUAUCUGCAGGCAUGGGAAAUCUGGAAAAACAGAUGGGACGUGCAACUAUGACCACCCUAGAAAAUGCCGUGCCCAUAUGACAACAGGAAAAUGCAAACUCCCUUACUGUAAGCUUUUUCACCCUGAAAUGUGUCCCUCUUCAGUGCAGGAAAGACUGUGUUAUAACUUAAAUUGCCAGGCACACCAUCUAAAGGGGACAAAAAGAUACAAAACAUCCAGGCCAUGGGAAAACCUGGGUAGCCACAGCCACUCAAGAGGGAGAGAUUUUUUAGUGCCAGGAAGAAAAAAAAAACUGGCAGGAAAUGGCAGAAAUCGUACACCAAAUCCAGUCAUUCCUGGAGUGGAACCACAGUCGAUGGCCUCCACUCCAAACCAACAGAUACAGAUACUAAUGCCGGAACCCCCCCCCCAGUGCCAACAAUACCACGAGUCCGAUGACAUUCUUCUUUGCAAAUAUACAGGGUCUAAAGCCAGCAACAAACAACAAAAUACCUUUCAUCCGUGGACUGCUUGCAGAGGCAAAGGCAAUGUUCACGGCUUUCACUGAGACCCACAUAAAGGAUCACUUGGACAACGAAAUAUGGAUCCCAGGUUACAACCUAUACAGAUGCGACAGAGUGAACAGGCAAAAGGGGCGGGCUUGUCUGUACAUUGCAGAGUCACUUGUGUGCACAGAACUGCUGAAUGCCUCAAAUGAUGUAGUGGAAGUUUUAGCAGUAAAGAUCGAGAACCAAAACCUAGUCAUUGUGGCAGUCUACAAGCCUCCGGAUGCAACAUCCCAGCAAUUCCAGGAACAGCUGUUAAAAAUUGACCAUUGUCUGGAAAAUCUGCCAGCUCCUGCACCCAACAUCUUGCUCCUGGGGGAUUUCAACUUAAGGCACCUAAAAUGGAGGAAUAUAGCAAAUAAUAUUGUUGCAGUAAUAACACCAGAAGGCAGCUCUGAUGAAAACUCACACUCACACGAGCUUUUAAAUCUCUGCUCAAAAUUCAAUUUAAACCAGCAAAUAAUAGAGCCUACUAGACUGGAGAAUACACUAGACCUCAUCUUCACUAACAAUGAUGAUCUGAUACGAAAUGUCACCAUAUCAAAAACAAUAUACUCGGAUCACAACAUAAUUGAGGUUCAGACAUGCAUGCACGGAGCCCCAGACCGACAUAAUGAGAUUAGUCACGAGGGAGCAUUCACCAAAUUCAACUUCAAUAACAAAAACAUAAAGUGGGACCAAGUAAACCAAAUCCUAACUGAUAUAAGCUGGGAAGAUAUACUAAGCAACACAGACCUAUGCCUAGAACAGAUUAACUCGGUGGCGCUCGAUGUAUGCACAAGGCUUAUUCCUCUAAGAAAAAGGAGGAGUAGAUGUAAAAUAGAAAGGGACAGGCACUCCCUUUACAGGCGAUGGAAAAGAAUAACAGAGCGGCUAAAAGAGGUCAAUAUAUCUGAAAUGCGUAGGGAGACACUGGUCAGAGAAAUAGCAAGCAUCGAACUUAAGCUAAAGGAAUCUUAUAGGAGUCAGGAAUCGCAGGAAGAACUAAAAGCCAUAAACGAAAUCGAAAUAUACCCAAAGUAUUUCUUCUCCUAUGCCAAAUCAAAAUCGAGAACAACUUCCAGUAUUGGGCCCCUACUUAAACAAGAUGGGUCCUACACAGAUGACAGUAAGGAAAUGAGUGAGCUACUCAAGUCCCAAUAUGACUCAGUUUUUAGCAAGCCAAAUGAUGCCAAAUGACUUGGAACAGGCAAUAAAUGACAUGCCCAUGCACUCUGCCCCAGGGCCAGACUCAUGGAACUCCGUGUUCAUCAAGAACUGCAAGAAGCCCCUAUCACGAGCCUUUACCAUCCUAUGGAGAGGGAGCAUGGACACAGGGGUCGUCCCACAGUUACUAAAAACAACAGACAUAGCCCCACUCCACAAAGGGGGCAGUAAAGCAACAGCAAAGAACUACAGACCGAUAGCACUAACAUCCCAUAUCAUAAAAAUCUUUGAAAGGGUCCUAAGAAGCAAGAUCACCACCCAUCUAGAAACCCAUCAGUUACACA